CAACAACAAGCCGCCAUUUGUGUAUUGAGAGGAAACUUUGCAGAGAAGAAAAUAUAAUAUUACCCGUAACACAUCCAAGCUUUCAUUUCAAUUAUGCAGUAAUCAGCAAUAUUGACAUCAAAAUUAAAGAUUGAUUGAAGUGAGAACAAACAAAAUGUCAUUCCCACCUCGACCACCCAUGGGUAUGGCCCCAAUGGUAACAGGAACAUACUAUGCACCAAUGGGUAUGGUUCCAAUGGGUAUGAGGAUGAUGGCAGCACCUUCACCCACAAUGAUAAGACCUGUGGUAAAUUCACAGAAACAACCUAAAAAGUUAGUACCACAAGAAAUUCCAAAGGAUUCCAAGGAUGAGAAGCCCCCAGUAACAACAGUAUUUGUUGGUAACAUUAGUGAUAAAGCUCCUGAUGUAAUGAUCAAACAAAUGUUACAGAGAUGUGGUAAUGUUUUGAGUUGGAAGAGAGUUCAGGGAGCCUCAGGCAAACUUCAAGCAUUUGGAUUUUGUGAAUAUGAAGAUCCCGAAGCCACAUUGAGAUGUAUUAGAUUAUUAAAUGAUUGGUAUAUACCAGAUAAAAAGCUAGUUGUCAAAGUAGAUGCUAAAACAAAGACGUUACUAGAUGACUACAGAAGUAAGAAAAAAGCUGAUGCUACAUCUGCUGAGGAGAAGAAAGAAAAGGAAAGGAAAGAAGAAGAAAAUGGAGAGAAAGAAAAUGGAGAAAUAAGAGAUGAUGAUCCAAGUUUAGAUGAAUUAGAUGAGUUCACUAAGCGUGAAGAUCGUGUAGCUACUGCAGGGUUAGAAGCUAUAAUGAUGGAAUAUUCAGAAGAAAUGAAUAAAGCUAUUGCUGCUGCACCUAAAGAAGAACCUAAACCCCAGAAAAUCCAGAUGAUAAAAGAAGGAAAAGAUGUUAAGGAUGUGGGUCUGGAUGGUUUAGAAGUUGAAGAAGAAACUAAAUUUAUAAUAAAUCGUGAAAUCCGUUCAUUUAGAGACCUGCACAAGGAUGAGGAGGUGGAUGAAGAAAAAGAAAGAAGAGAACAAGAAAGGAGGAAUGAAGAUGCUCGUCGACGGAGAGACAGAGAGAGGGAGAGAUUACGAGAAAAAGAAAUGAGUCGAAGAGAUGACAGAAGGGAAGAAAGAAUUGUUGAUAAAAGAAGGAAUGAUCGUCAUUCUUCUACUAGAAGUCGUUCAAGAACUCCACCUAACAGAAAUCGUAAUUAUAACAGACGCAAUGAAAGGGAGAGAACUCGAGAACGUAGUCGAACACCUGACAGAUCAGACCGGUCAAGGAGAAAAGAACAAGAGCUAGAAGAGGAAGAAGAAGAGAAAGAAAGACGGAAGUUAGAGAAAAAAUUAAGAGAGAAAGAAGCAGCAUAUAAAGAGAGAUUGACGAACUGGGAAGGUCGAGAGAGAAAGAAGGCUAGAGAAAAUGAUAAAGAAAGAGAGAGAGAAGAAGAAAGGAAAACAGAUGAAAUAAGAGAAGCUCGAAGAUUGAAAGAAUUUUUAGAAGAUUAUGAUGAUCUCAGGGAUGAUCCCAAAUUUUUCAAGGGUAGUGCCUUAUCUCGGCGUAUGAAAGAAAGAGAAAAAGAAAAGGAAGCAGAUGCCAGAGAUAGACAGAGAGAAAAAGAAGAAUUUGAAGAAAUCAAAAGAAGACUUAUGGAUGAAGGCCAUCCUGAUCCAGAAGCUGAACUAGCUAGGAUUGAGAAAGAAAGAGAAGAGCAUUUAAAACCACGAUUACAAAUAGAAGAAGUAGUGAUCUCCCCUGCAAGUAGUCCAGAACGUAAAGACUCUUCAGACUCUGAUAAAGGUGUAAUGAAAAAGACUAUGAAACCUAUACCAGAUGCAAUACCAGCUAGUACCAGUAAUCCAGUGAAUCUUGCCCCCAGUCCUCUAUCAGAUGAUGAAGAUAACACUAUGUAUAGUUUAGAUAAUGAUAUAGUAUCAGAAGAUAGUCAACAACCGACUUAUUCUAACAACAAACAAGAAAAAUCUGAAUCUUCAAAACAUAGUUUUAGUGGCAUGAAAUUAGGCUCUGGAACUAGUAACACAAAUAGUCCAGCUGAAGUCUCAGCACCAUCAUCAAAACGUAAAAAAUUAACAGUAGGAGAUGUAUUUAAUCAAGAUGAAGAUAGUUCAGAAUCUAAGAAACGUAAAUUAGUACCUCUAGAUUAUGAUGAAGAGAAGAAACCAGGCAAUGUGGCUGAAGAAAAACGAAAUAAAAUUAAGAUCUUAAUAGACAGUAUACCUACAGCUAAAGAAGAAUUAUUUGCUUUCUCUUUAGACUGGACUAUAGUUGAUCAGGCAUUGAUGGACAAGCGUAUAAAACCAUGGAUAAAUAAAAAGAUCGUAGAAUAUAUUGGUGAAGAAGAACCGACAUUAACAGAUUUUAUUUGUCAAAAAGUGAUAGCGCGUAGUACACCAGCCAGUAUUCAAAAUGAUGUAGCUAUGGUUCUAGAUGAAGAAGCAGAAGUGUUUGUGGUCAAAAUGUGGAGGUUAUUAGUCUAUGAAACAGAGGCCAAAAAACUAGGUCUAGUCAAAUAAUAUGAAAGCAAAGUGUGUUCUGGGACAGUAUUCAGUGUGGUACAUUCGUUACCUAACAUAACAAUGUGUUCACAAAUUAGAUGUGCAGCUAUUUCUCCACUAUGUACUAUAGUUGGGAAUCUGCUAAACAAAAUUAACUUGAUGUGUCUAAUAUGUGUAUACAUACAAAAACUCCAUGGUGUGAAGGUGUAGUUUAGAUGAAAUGAAAUGAGUUUCAGUAUAAGAAAGGGGACCAUGUACAAAAUGGAACUUUACAAAAAGGUACAAAUUUUGUACAACAAAACAUCCAAAAGCUAAAACCAAACAUAACCUAAUCAGAUAAUGUGUCAUUGUGAAGCCACUGUUAGACAAGACCGGUGUAAUAAGUGGAAUCAGUAGAAUUCCUGUGGUGAAAUGUUUGUAUAAAAUUCAACAUCAAAAAAUGAAGUGUAAAAUAAAAUAAAAGUUGUAAAUUUAUUUAAUGUUUUUGUUAUAAUUUUGUAAAUAAACCUAAAAUUGACGCAUUUAUGAACGAUACAAAUUAAUAAGGUAUUCAAAAUGAUAAAUUUUCAAAUUUCUCAAGACUGUUGAUCGUUUUGGUUACAUAGGCAAAUUUGUAAGACAUAGACUUUAAUUCUUGUACAUUUUGGUUCAUCAUAAUCUAGUAAUUUGUCUUAGUUUUACCAAUAAACUUCAAUCUCCCAGCUUGUUGUUAAAUAUGACAAGGGAAUGCUCAAUUGUUGAGUUCUUCAGGUUCAUGAUUUAUGGAAUCAAUAGAAUGAUCAAUAAAACAAAUUGAAACAGAGUUCAGAACAUGUUCUAUGUGUGCUGAAAAGAUAGUAGAUGCAGACAGAAUUCAUAAUAGCAG